AUGACGGCUCCGACUGCAAGCUCAAGCACCGCGGCCAAGGCGCCGGCGGCACUACCCAAGGCUGCUAAACCGACUGCAUCGGCUUCAUCGAAGAAGCCAUCGGUGCCCAAGUCGGCGGUGAAGAACGGCCCUGCCUCCAAGCCAAAGCCAAAGCCCAAGCCCGCGACUUCUGGAGCCAAGCCACCUGUCAAGCAGGCCGUUCCAAAGCCGACUAUUGCUCAGCCACCGACUGCUACUACCACAAAUAAAGCGAAGCCACGGGCUAAAGUCUUGAAGGCAAAGAAGGAUACAUCUACUCCAACUACUACAAGUCCCACUCUCUCGGAUGGCAAGGUAGAGAGGGAGAUAUGGCGUCCGUCCGAUGGAAACGGCGAUCCUUCGCCUGAACUUGUCGAGAAGUUCAGAAAUAAGAAGGGCGGUCACCCGACCUGGAAGUUGUACACGGGACGCAAUGUCCCGAAGCAACCCACCGAUAGCAACCCUCCUCGAUUCUCUUAUAUUGACGAUAAGGCUGCCUGGGACAUCUUGCACUCUAAGACUUGGACGGCCAACCAAAAGCAUCGAUACUGGCCUUUCGAUUUCACACCGCAGGGUCGCAUCAUCUCCCAACGUGCUCAUCGAGGCCGACCCGCGUAUGAGCAGGACGGCAAGACUUUCGCCUCCAUUCGGAAGCAAAAGGACAAGAAAUACUGGUUCCAUGGCUGCCACCCCGCUCCUUCGAAUGAUGCAUCCAGCAGCUCAGUUCCUAUUCCGCCCGGUGAGACGGUGGUUGCUCAGAGCAGUACUGCAGCUGCACCUACGGAACAGACGACAAAUGACGGAACGAAGAACCAAGCCCCUGAGAAGGCUCCAGUUGAAGAGCAGACCCCACUGGCUGAAAAGGUCUCACCCCCGGAGCAGAUCCCAAAGCCUCAGCCGAUUCCAAAGCCUCAGCCGAUUCCAAAGCCUCAGCCGGUUCCAAAGCCUCAGCCGGUUCCAAAGCCUCAGCCUGUUCAAGAGCCUCAGCCUGUUCAAGAGCCUCAGACGCCGCCACCGUCCGCACCAACUGAACCUCUGAAGAACACGGCGCCCCCCUCUCCAGCCUCGUCCGUGCAGUCUACCAAGCGCCCCGCCUCCCCAGAGAACCUCGCCAACCCGGCCCCAAAGCGCCAUCGCAUGGGAAUCACCCCGUACACCAUCCCUUCCGACGUCCAAGCCCGCGACUCCGAGCUUUCCAAGCUGCGCAAGGAACUGCGUGACAUGCGUGAGCGCGAGGACAAGAGGGACGCUGAGAUGAACGGCCUCCGCGAGCGGGCUGCAAUCUACCACCGCGCCGCUAUGGGCAGUAAUACGAAUCUCCAAGUGGCCAGAAAGAAAGGGGAGGCGUUCCGCAAGCUUGCCCUGAAGCUCUAUGCCAGGACCAUCGAUCAGCAGCAUGAUAUUGCGGAGCAUCAUGCUUCGAUGCUCAGGAUCGAGAAGAGUGCGAACGAUCUCACGACAGCGGCAGGCAUUCUCGCGGCUGAUGCGAGGACGGAGAUAGAACUCGCCACGAAGACCCACCAAGACUUGGAUGACAUGCUGGAUGGGUCGGAGCAGACGAUGCGGGAGGCGGGAUUGCAGGAGGAGUUUCUGGCCUUUGUGGAGGAGGCGAUGGCUCUGGAGUGA